AAAAUUUGAUCAAAGGCUGAGAGAGAGAAACAUUGUGGGGUGGUCAUUUGAACUAAUUCCCCAUUAAUCUAAUGCCCUAGCCUCAUAAAAAUGGCUUAAAAACCCUAAUUAAACCCACACUCUCUCAUCUAUUCAUCUCCCUAGUCCCUAGAAUUUCUGUAGAUAAAUAGAGAAAAGCACGAGAGUUGAAAUUCACUCGAAAUCCAAUCCAUUCGCCACUCCCAGCCGCAACCGGCAGCCCCAUACAGCGACCCGCCGUCGCAGAUUUCUUUCUGCCGCCAGGUUCCAGCAGGGAGUCACGGCAUUUGAGGUUGCUUAUCCGAUGGAGGGAGGAGAUAGCUUACUGGACACAAUUUUUGAAGAGGAGAGUCUUGAUGAUGCUCAAGAUGUUGAGAUGCAUGAUGCCGAAGAAGGAGAGUUAAUCUGCCAGGCGACAAAGGCUAAAUUAGGAGAUGGCUGUGGUACUACCAUUGAUAGCCACAAAUCUCACAAUAAUAAUUCCAGGAACAAGAAGAAGAAAAAGAAGAACAAGCGAAGGCGAGGCAAUUCUGGCUCAGAUGUCACAGACAUUAACAGGUUUGUUUCAGAUGUCUGCAAGCGCUUAAGGGAGAGAAAAUCUUAUCUUGUGUGGACUGCCGUUAGUUGUCUCGGGGUAUCUGCUUUAAGUGAUCUUGUCAAAGAGGUUGAUGCAAUUCAAGCCUGUGGUGGUCAGAAGACUGCUGAUGGCAGACGAUUUCGAAGUGGCGGUGGCAUAUUAUGGAGUAUCAUCAAAGUGCGAGAUUCCAAUGCUUACAAAGAGAUAAUGAAAAAAGGAAGAGAAUUUGAGAAGCAAUUUAAGCAACAAGUCUACAGUAAACAAGAACCAAUGAAAAGUAAAGCUGCUGCCCAUAACUCAACAGAUCAACUUGCAGUCAAUUUUCCAGAUGGAUUAGAACUUGAAUCUAAUCCGCACAAUCAGCUUGAACAGUUGAGUGAUGCACAGAAACGUGUGCCUGUUCAUGAUCGAAUACGGAUGCCAGUUUCGUAUGACGAUUUGCUCGCAGGAGAGGAUCCAAAAUAUGAAUAAGCUUAAUUAUCCAUCAAAAUACUUGAGCCCCUGAAGUUGAUCUAUCAUACUCGCUACAUUUUUUUUUCUUCGUCUAUUUUUUGUGGGGUGAAAGGAAAUAGAUUACAUUGUUUUGUUUUCAUUUGUGUGUGAUAGUAAAGACGUGCCAUGUUUUGAUGGAUGGUAUACAGGAAUGCUUUUAUUUGGUGAAUUGGAUGAAGGGAAAUCCACACAUUGCCCUUAUGUUUGUUUGUAUCAA